UCCAUCUUUUACUCUCUUCUUUUCCUUCCUCCACUGACCACCAACUCUUUCCCACCACUGGGGAAUCCUCCAGCCUUGAAGCAGGCGGGCAGUGAGGGCGAGUUGUGCCAGGCUGACAGUCUGGGCUCAGCGGGCAGCACCAGCACACUUGCGUCCUCCGUCAUCGAGGUGGAUGCUGAACGUGCUGAACUGUCCCUAACACCGCAGCUACGACGGAAUCAGGAGCAGGAGGACGAGGAAGAAGAGGAGAUGGCCCCUCUAAUCCCUCCUCCCACUCUUUCAAUCACUGAGGAGAUCCUUGAGUUCAUCAACCAGAGCAGAGCCAGGGAGGGCCUCAGCACCAUUCACAACAAUGCCACAAUCUUGGAUCAGCUCAAAGAGAGUCAGUCUCCAACCAGCCAGAACUUCACCUCCCCCCUUCCACCAGUCGCUUGCCUCACCAGCCCUGAAGAAAGACCUGUGAGGCAACAGGAGGAGGAAGUUGCAGAGAUGGAGGAUGUUAGCAUAGUCCAGGGUCUCAGCACAGAAAAUGAGACAACAACAAAUGAGAUCAAAGAAAGUCAAAAUGCAACAUGUGAAGUGGAAAAAGGAGUGGAAGAAAAUCGAGAGAACCAAGAAGAAGGGGUACAGAAAGAGAUAGAAGAAAGUAAAACAAGGGAUGAAGUGGAGGGAGAAGGUAUUAUCACUGCCCCAACAUCAGACUUCAUCUCAGCUGAGGAAGAACAAGAGAAUAGCAACAGCUGUGAUAUACUCAAGGAAGAGGAGAUCCCUGAGGUCACAACUCACGACCGAAAUCCAGAUCUCAUUCUCUGCCCUACCAAGAACAGCCUUCCACCUUCGAGAGGCUCCCACCUCACUAAGCGAGACAAGAAGAUCAUUGAAAAAAUACGUAGUUACUAUGAAGCAGCAGCUGAGGCUGAAGAGGAUAAGGUGGAGGAAGAAGAAGAACAAGGAGAAGGAGUGCCAUCAAGAAGAAGGAACAGUUUCUCACAAAUCCCAUCUGGCUUAGUGAAGGAGUCUGUGUCACGCUUUGAUGUGAGUGGUCAUCAGGAAGAGACCGAGAGUGGGCAAUCCAAAGAGAAUGAUCUCUAUUCUCACACUACCCCGAUCUGUUCCCCAAAUCCACUAUCAGGUGACACGGAGAAUGAUAGAUGUGCACAUAAACCGAUCAGCUCACCGGAUUUUGAUGAAGAAAGUCAAAUGAAGACAUCAGCCUAUGCCACAAUGCAGGAAGAGGAUACUGAUACACAGAAUCCGCAUUUAGACCAAAACAGGCCUGUUGGAGAAGAGACAACAAUUGAGGAUCAAAAUGGAAACAUCUGCAAAGAACCAUUGGAGGAAAGACUAAAGGAACAGGAGGAAGAAAAGAUGAGUAGUGUGGUUACUGGGGAGCAAGGUGGACAACCGCAGCAAGGCGAGGGACUGUCUUCAUCCAAAUAUCCCACGAACAUAGAUGAAACCACCGAAACAUGUACUGAAAACCAAGCUGACGAGAAUGAUCAUGAACCAGACCAAGUAAAACAAAAGAGAAGCUUCACAGUAUCCGCAUCUCAGUCACUCACAGAACAAUCUCAAAACAUCGAGACUAAAAGUCAGUCCACUGGGACAACCAACAAGAACAGAGACCUGACCAAGACCAGUAAGGACAUUGAAGGCCUUCCUAGCCAGAUAAAUGUUGGUCGAUGGUCCCGACACUCAAAGAUUGUUACUGCAAACCGUGCCUUGUUUGAGGGCAUGGGGUCAGACAUAGCAGGUAUUGGGUUAUUUGAGUCCAGUCCAGCAGUGGACACUGUGCUCAUUGAAAACUCUGAACGUAUUCUGAGCAAGGUCCAAACACUGGCGCGGAUGUACGGCGCUAAACACAGCACCAUGAAGGUCCCACUGCAUCAGAAACGAGCCUAUGGUGCAUGGAACCAGUCAUUGGGUUCAUCUCGACCAUCUAGCCAUUCGCCUCAGCUUCAGACUAGAAGCCAGUCACAAGUUCAUUCUCAAACUCAAAACCAAAUCCCAGCUAAACACUGGCAGCAAGUGCAACACCAAAUGGAAAUCAGUCAAUCUGAUAUCUGCACAGAAGGCAAACCAGGACCCCAUGGUCCCUCUGAGACCAAAGUUCACAGCCAAACCACAACACAAAUUAGACAGCAAUAUCAGAAACAGACUAAAAGCCAGAUGGGGAGUCAGACACAAACUCAUUUCCAAAGCCAGACCCAGACCAUGACCUGGGAGAACCAGAGGAUUCAGGAAGAGAGUCAGCUCAUGAGAUCCGACAGCCUGACAGAUGAAUUCCAAGAGACAGUGACGACCCCCUGUGAACCUCUGUUGUUUGGUCAUGCAUUUGCCAAAGAGCCGCUAACUCCAGCCUAUCACCAGCAGGCAAACAAAUUCACCCUCUCCAGGCCCAGGGACUUCAUCUCUGCCGGGGGCUGCAGAUCAGGUGUUAGCUCCCAGAUGAACUCUGGAGAAAAUCCAUCGACCGCAAUAAGAGAACAAUCAUCCAGUGAAAUCCAGGCUAACACCUACAUCCCAGGCCACUGCUCCACUGAAAGAGCUGUAGCUUCUACAGCACCCAGGCAUCACCUCAGUGCACAAACUGAAGAUCAGCACACUACUACUGACAACACUUCAACCCUGACCUUGGGUUGUAAGGUCGCUGACUUCAUGGAUAUAUGUUCUUCUCCAGGGGGCAACAAAGCCUUAAAUCAGGAUGUAGAGGUUUAUGUGGAUACUGAAGGGACAAACAGAAAAGACGGCAGGUCAAAGCAGAGCAGAGAUGCUGGACAUCCUGUUUAUUCAGAAGAAGACACACUAUGUGGAAACAUCAUGACCCAGCCUGCACACAGAUAUAAGCAGGAUACACCAACUACACAAAAUGCAUCAACCAAAGAUGUGCAUAGUGUUCCAGCACACCCUGAAUAUUUGGUUUGCUCAAAGGACAUGGAUGGUGAGGCAUCCCCAGGAGAGAUGGUUCUGAUAGUGGAAUGUACACAGAGCCAGUCUCCUGCAGAGCCUCACCUAGGAGAGCAGUCCCACCUGGAGGAAGGAGGUGCCACCAACAGGUCCAGGGCCUCUGGAUGGCCAAUGAAAGAUGAGGCAAUGCAUGAUCCAACUUCUUCAUCACAAACCAAGAUGGCUCUACAGGGCUCAACUGUGAUCUUUUCAGAGGAGCCGCCUUACCUGAGAUCAUCAAAAGAACUGCCCUCACCCCUGAGUCUACCUUUUCAUGUGAACCUUGACCCCUCUCAGACUUCUGGUCACCCAUUCACAAAUUAUCAGAAAGCAAGAGCAAUGACAACACAAAGGCCAUCAGUUCAAUAUUCAGAAUCAAACUUCCCUCAACAGCACUCUCCAUCAUCGCAGUCUAUAGACUCUCUUCCAACAUUCACCAGCCAGAGGCCACCAGACCUACCCACCAGUAUGGGUAAACGUGGACUGUCUAACAUUGUGACUGUCAACAACACCACUCCAAAAGAAUAUAGGGAACAAGACCAGCAGGACUUGGGAUCUCCUAAUAACCUGACCCUUUUCAGUCUAACACCUCAGUCAGACACCUGCCCACCUUCCAGACCCUUAACAGAAACAGUCAGCCUUGUGGAGCAACCAAAGCCAGUGAUGGCCACCUCUAGCCAGGAGACAGAACUCAACCCAGCCCCCUCAGCUUUCAGACCAAGGCUCAGACACCACUCUCCUUCUCCUGUUAGGGCUUGUCCUUCCUCUUCCUACUCUUUCCAAGCACCUCCUUGCCCUUCACCGUUCAGGGUUAUUCCAGCAUUUUCUCCAACCACUGUAUCUGUGGAAGGCUUCACUUCCCCAAACACUGUCUUUGGGGCUCUUUCUUGUUUAUCCCCUACCCCCUCUUCUGACAGGGUGUCCUCAGUGAGACACCCACCUGUCUCUUCUCCUACACAUCACACUACUUUCACCCCAUCCUCUUCUUCUUCAGCGAGGUCUUCAUCAGGAAGAGCAGGUCUUCCUUGUUCCCCUACACCAUCUUCCUGCUCUUCCUCCAUUGCUUCUUCCUCUGUUUUUACCAGAUCCUUAGCUGCCUCCUGUAUCAGUCAGUCCAUCAGUCAGACUAUGGCAAAACAGAAUGCUGUCCAGCAACAAGCCCCACCCAUAAAGUCAGUAAGUCACAGCCCCUCCUCCACUCCACUCUUACCCUCAUCUAAUCUACGACGGCGUUCCCCCUCCCCAAAACUCACGUCCAAUCAGCAGAGCUGCAGUACACCUGCUUAUGUCCAGCUAGGGUGCACUAUGGAUGGGUACCAACAUCCAAGGUGUUCACCGUCCUCUCUCCAGUCCUCUUAUCCCUCUCUGUCACUUGCUCAAUCACCUCCUUCCUCUCUUUCGCAUCGCUCCCCCUCCCCAUGUAUGAGUUUGGCCCAUCAUCAGUCUUCUUCGCCUCCCCCCCGACCGUCAUUCCUUCAUUCCAAAAAUGACUCACCACAGAAUUCAAACAACAACAACAACAACAAUAGGUUCACUGGUUUAACCACUGCAUUCAGCAAUGAAAACAAUAAGAGCAAUUGUUUCAUUAAUGGUGCUGUUAGUAACAGGGGAUGGGCAAGAAGUCCACAGAACAUGCCAGAAGCCAAUAGUGGCACUAAUGGCGUAGGAAUGCAAAAAACUCAUGAUCCUCUCUGCUUGGGGUCUCACAAUCGCGUAGCUCGGCCUUUUUCUGCAUCUGAGCCCAAUUCACGAGUUCAGUCCCCAACACCUUCCUCGACCCCGGCUGCAUUUACCCGCCUCUGCUCUCCUCCUCUCCAACAUAAUUAUACCUCCCCAAUGGCAAACAAACCUCCCCACCCACGGAGUGCAAGGGCAGGAGGUGCAAGUGCCAAUAAUCCCCUUGGUCUCACAUUAGAGUUAUCCACAGCCUCUUCAGCAAGUUCAGCAUUUGUGCCGUCCUCCUCUUGUCUGAGCCCUCGUAUUCUCUCCCCACCACCCAUUGGUGUGUCAGCAAACAUGUGGACAAAUAAUGUUGCAGCACCGCAACCUAGUAAAGCUAGAUUUCCUCCAUCUUCCUUUUCUUCCUCCCUAAGCCCACCAACAGUGGAGGCAGCCUCUUUUCCUUCUUCCUCUUUGGUUCAACUGCGAAGUUGUGGAGCCUCCACCCUUUCCCGACCCCAUCCUACUACCCCCCAAACACUCCAUAGGUCUUUCUCCUCCAACUUGGCUGACAGACCACCAAGCCCAGCCCGGAGCAACUCUACUGGACUGCGCCGCUCAUGGACAGAGAGCCAUCAUAGGUCCUUUGCUUUAAGUGGAAGUGGUCAAGGGCCCUGUGACCAGCAGGAGUCUUGUCCAACCAGUCCAAGGAGUGGAUGGUCCUCGUAUAACAGCUCACCAUCCUGCCUCAGUCCUCGAGCUGGGCUUCAAUCACCCCUCUCACCUGGCAAGCUUACAUCAGGAAAGGGCACGCUUGGCGGGCAGCAUUUCACCAGUGUGCCCUGGCCUGAUGUACAAGAGCUUUCCAACAAAUAUAAUGGGGCUGAUGGCCUUGAUACAAGUGAUGCUUCCACUAUCAUUGCCUCAUCUCCUUCUCUUUCCCCAGUCUCUCAUUCUUUUCUGUACCCUGCGGCUCCAUCAGACAGUCAGACAGACUGGGGAGACCCAGAGGUAGAAGAGGGUAACUGUCGUAACCAGCUCAUCUGCGCCUAUGUUGCCCGGCCCCUCCAUGAACAAAAACUCUCCUCUUCUUGCCUGACCCUGUCCUCCUCAGGCAUGACAUCUCCUCCACCUACCUCCUUUGAGCACCUGAACUACCCAUUCCAAGUUCAACCACAACCUCAGGUCCAAAUUCCCAGCAAAACACCGCCUGCAUCCUCAAACCACUCCCCCUUGCCCUCAAGUUCACCAUCCUUACCUUUUUCCAUUUCAUCUCCCAUGAAACCAGGGAACCAGAAGACCAGCUAUGCUACCACAGUCAAUCUCCAGAUUGCUGGGAGUGGCAGAAUAACCUCUUUCAGCACCCCCCAAGUUAGCCUGACCCAAACACUGCAAGGUGGAGCCAGUGGGGGAGGCCCAGUACAAGGGCAGAUGGUGAGGAGAGUAAGCAUUAAUGGACUUUCCCACCUUCCUCCCCCUCUUCAUUAGAAAUAUCAGAUAAAGGAAAGGAGGCCUCUGACUUUCAUGGCCAAAUAAAACAAGGAGGCUUAAAAGAUGAGGUGAUGAAAAUGGAAAAGACAUUAGUAAAGACAUGCACUUUGAGACUGUGGAGACAAAGUAAGCAUCGCACGUUGUUGUAUAACUGCUGCUCAUACUCAGUGGUCCUGAAGGUUGGAUUUAUUCACUUGUUGGACUUGAACCACUGUUUGAGCUAUUAAAAAAUAUCCACAAAUCCAUAUUGAAAAAUUGACGUUUUUAAAUGUCAAAACAUGACGUAAUCUGACCCGAGAACAAGUUUACAUCUGAGGAAUAUAAUAUCAUGGAUUUGAAAGCUAGAUGCUUUGUUGCCUUCACAUAAUGGUUUCUGAAGAUUUCAUCCCGGGACUGUGGAUGCCAGUGGAAAUCCUAUAAAGAUCCUAAUGUUGUAAAGAGAUAAGAGUUACUGUAUGAAACCAUCAUUGGAAAUAUAUCAGUUAGCUUUGAUCUUGUUCUGUGAGAAGCCAAAACCCUGAAUGUCCAGAGCUGCAUGUAAAGAAUUUAAAGAUGUGGAAAUCUGGAUCGGAAAGCUGGUCUCACAUCUGUUCAUUGGACAGUUUACUUUCUGACUUUUUUUGUAAAAGCCUGUUAAAAGGGAUAGUUGAGCUGUUUGAAAUGUGGUUGUGUGAGGCACUGACACAGAUCUGGAACUAAUAUCUGUCCUCAGUGUUCCAAUCUCAUGUGGACAGCAUUAAGGACAAAUUGCAGCCUGGAUGCAUCUUUUGUGACCACAUGAGAUAGGACAGUCCUUCCUGACCCUCCCAUUUAUCCGGGCUUGGGACUGGCACUAGUAGUACACUGGAUGUGUGCCUGCUUGUCUCUUGCUGAAAUCCCAAAGAGGCAACGUCAACAUUGACUGUAUGUCAGUACCUCAUACAACCACACAACAGAAUGAGAUACGGAGUGAAACCUGCAAACAGACACUUUGAAGGUCCAACGUCCAUCCAGUGCUGAUGCAAUCAUAGUUACUUAAUGUAUUAUUAUUGUUGUUUGUUUAUGUUUUUAUCUGAUUAUCUGAGGUCAGUCUUUAAGAUUUGUGAUAGCAGUGUUUUGUUUUUAUUAAUCUUUCAUUAUUUUUAUAAUUAUUUUUAUUUUAUUGUUUAUUUAUGAAGUUAGUCUUAUUAUCUUUGGCACUUAAUAUCCUUAACAAAAUUUUGGUAUUUUGCACAGUGUCCUUUGCGAGUGCAUGUGAGUGUGUGUCUGCGUUUGUGUGUGCGUGCGCGUGUGUCAGUCAGUUUCAAAUGACGUGUCUGCCAAGUUGUUUUUCUUCAGACCAAGCCAAUAUCUGUGUUUUUUUUCUCACAAUUGUUUCUCUUGGUGCCAAUGUUCGUUAGAGUUGUUACAGGAUGUGAUCAAAAAUUUCCCAGACAUCAAGCCAAAUGCUGUCAACGGUGGUUUUAGCAAGUGUUCACACUGUACCUGAACCUCUUAAGUAAGAGACCCACUUGUAAAUGAAACUCAGCAGUCUUGUUUUAUUGAUAUCCUGACAACUGCAGGUUUAAAUGACAACAAAAAACAAACAACAAAAAACAACAAUUUAUAUAGAAUACCUAUGUUUAAAAUAAACAGAUUUUGCUGUUUUACUUUUAUUGGAUUAAAGAGUAAUGUUUUUGUUGACCUAUAUGUCUGCCCCGACCUCCCAAUAGCUUCUUUCAGACCUGCACUGAAGUCCACAUGAGUGGCUGUAUGUGAGGAUGCAGAUUUCACCUUCCAGCUCCCUAGUCAGAUGUCCAGAUAAUAUCUGAGUGAAUGCCUGUGAGAACAAAGCAGGAAAAGUUUCAGAUAAUUCCCGGCAAAUAAGUAGGCAAACAUCCUUCCUCUCCACCUCUCGUCUUGAGUGUUCUGCUAUUGUGAACACAUCCAACCUAGACUUUCUCCCGCUUCGUUCUCUUUGUAUGUAAACAGUAAUCUCAAGAAAAUGUCCAGACUAAUUUUUCUGAACUUGAUGUUUUCUCCUUCAGCCCCGUCAUAAUUAUACGUCCACAAGAGGUCACUGUCACUCAGUAAACCCAAAAGAGUGGAAUUGGCCAUGGCAGAAAAUGCUGCUGUGACGAUGGAAAUUAUGAAAAUGUUGGAAGGAGGUUGUGACCGAAAAGUGAUGUGAGGAGCAAAAACAAGAAUGGAACAAGAAUGGAAAAUAGUAUUGUGAAUGUUGACUUACCAUUCACACUAAUUAGAAAUGCGUGGAAGUAUAAGAUGAAAACCACCAGUGAGAUGUGAGGGAUUCGGUGUAGUGCUGGUAACUUGUUUGGACUUGUGUUUUUGGGACUUGAUGAAAUGGAAAUAUGAACUAAGUCAUCACCAGUGACAUGUAUGAAAAAUAAAGGUGUGUGGUGACAAACCAAAACAAACUGAUUUGUACGUUUGAUGUUCUGGUCUAUUGAUGAUGAACAAUGAUUUUGUCAGUGGACUCUGGUACAACAGGUUUAAUAGCGCUGUGUGUCGAGUAGAGAAGAAUUUAUCAGGAAGUGAAUGCAAUUAGUGGCAUCAUUUCCAAAAGCCUAUCCAUGAAAACCUCUAAAAUGACAGGAAGAUUUUUAUGUGUCUGAUCAUAAAGCGUGUGUCUGCACCUUGAAUGAGUUGAGGCCCAACCUCAGUCAUUUCAGGACCUUAUAAUUAUUGCGUGAGUGAGGUUUUUUUUUAGUAAAAUACAAAUAAAAAACACUGUUCAAUGCAUGGACUAGAAUUUCUAUACUUCUGUACUGUGCCGCUGCAGAGUAGUUAGUUAUUUGUGGAUUAUCAAAUGUGUGCCUAAAAUUGUCCAAAGGUCGAUUGUUUAAGCCAAUUAUAUUGUAAUCACUAUAUCUACUACUGCUGUGUAAACAUAUGUGAAUGCAGUAAUAAAAGAAAAGAGGUGGGAGAUGAGGAAGAGUGAAAUCAAGGAGGAGGAGGAAUGGGAGGAGUAAGAACAUAAAACAGACAACAACAGAGAGGAAUGUGACAGAUGCAGAAGAAACGCAGAGGCUGAGAGCUCGUCUGUCUGACCCUCCUUCCUCCAUCCAGACCAGGUUGUUUCCAGCAAAUGGAAAUUAAAUUGGAAAUUAAACUUAAUCUGGUGUGAACACGGCAUUCUGCAGCCACAUUAAGCCACAUUUCUGUGCCUUUUAAAAGACACAUCCACACUUAACAAGACUUUUCAUGCCAGGACUUUAACAUCACAUUCGGGAGAAAUAUCCAGGUCUGGCAGCUGAAGAAGCACUCUCAGGAACAGGACUCUGACAGUUCAGUUCAACUCCUGACAUGCAUUCCUGUCGCAUCAAGACCUCCAAGUCCUGACUGCUGUGAACCUUCUGGACAUACAAAAAAAAAUCAAUUUUCUGUCCAUCAAGAGGAUGCCAUAGUGUGAGAGGCCAUGUGACGCAGAUGACGCUCUGCCAUGUGGAGAGGGAGGUUAGCUCUCAUGAUUGUCAUUCUGUAUUUUGCCUGUCUGCUCGCCCUGAAGCCACAACCAACUAACAUACUCUGCACUCAGGAUACCAUCAGGCAGGUCCAGCACCUCAUCACAAAAACCCCAGAUUUGGUGCAGUUGGGCUGCAAACUGUACACACCCACCCCCCAAGACUACCAG